GUUCCGGAAAUGAACGAAUGACCGUCAACGCUUCAGGUCGGUCGACAUUUUGGUAGACUUUCUUAGCAAGUUAGCAAAAUAAACUGGCAUAUUUGGCCGCCAGACACCUCUCAUAUAGCAGUGUUUGACAAAUAAGCGAUUUUGUCACUUGCUUCACCCACAUUGCAACUAUGUGGUACGAAAUUCUUCCUGGUCUUGGCGUCAUGACAGCUUGUCUCAUCCUUCCGGGGGUUUUCACUGCACAGAUCCACAAACUGACCAACGGGGGGAAGGAAAAGAGAAUCGCCAGGGUUCCAUACCAGUGGUAUCUGAUGGAGAGAGACAGAAGAGUGUCAGGAGUGGAUUUGUAUUACAAAUCGAAGGGACUUGAGAACAUCCACUGAUUCCAAGAUCUCACAUAUUAAUGGAAUUCUAAUCUGUCAUAAUUUGUUGUAAAUUAAUAAAGUUCUAUAUUGUCUGAAUUAA